AGGAACCUGAAGCAGUUGCCUCUUUAGGAUAUGGAAAUCUACUGGAUUGUGUACGCAUAUGUUGCAGGGACAUGGUGAUGCAGUUACCACUGUCAGUAUCGUCAAGCCAAGAAAUAUGGCUGUGCAAAGUGGUGCAAAUUUACUUUUAGCCGCUGCUUCAAAAGAUAGGACUUUAAGACUAUGGAAGUUUGAUGCAGAGGAUUCUGUGGACCAUCCUUCCAAGAUUAGAGCUUAUAAAGUUUUGCGUGGGCAUAAUGCCUCUAUGCAAAGUAUUGCUGCACAGCCUUCUGGAGAUAUGGUCUUGGCCAUUAUUACUUACUCUCUUGUUGAUAAUGAUUAUAUACACGAUGUUGAAUGUGUGAAAAUUAUCUUCAUGCACUUCCCUCUUUUUAUUAAGUUUUCCAGGUGUGUUCUGGUUCUUGGGACUGUAGAAUUAAUCUAUGGUCGACAAAUGAGUUUGAUGCAGAAGGUGACCUAGUGUCAAUCAAGAAGAGAAGAAAGGAUACAGAAAAUGAGGACUCUCAUUAGAGGAAUGAUAUGACACUCCCCAGUAGGGUGGUCCAUCAGCGCACAAAUCCCACGAACUUGUUCUAUGGGAGGGCCAAUAUCAACUUGAUUUACCUUUUUUAUCUCUAGAGUUUCAAGCUUUCGAGACAAGUAGUGUGCAGUGGGAGCUCGAAAGGGAGUGAACCUCAAUCGAAGAGUUGAAGUCUAACGGUCUCAGAUCAAAGGUAUGUCCAAUGACACUCGCUCUACGUGUUGUGGAAGUGGAGCUAGUGAAGACUCGAAUGCUGGACAUGGACUCGAUUGGAUCUCCAUCGACUUCAGUACUCAUUCUCUACACAUUUUCUUCCCUCAAGCGAGACUCUAGGCACUAGCAGGUACGUUCUUUCCCCCCUUCUCUCUGAACAUUACAAUUGGUAUAUUAUACUCACUAAUAUUGUAUUGUAUGGUUACAGGUU